GCAUGCUCAAGCAGAAGUUUGUGUAGAUCAAUCGAUCGACAUGUCUUUCUCCCAUGGCGGCACAUGGCCGGUGAUCCCUACAGUAGUUCUGCUAAUGGGCGGCCUGUUCGCCGCCUUCCCUGCCGCGUCGGGCGGCCGCGUCGACGCCGGUGACAUGCUGAUGAUGGACAGGUUCCGGCAGUGGCAGGCCACUCACAACCGUUCGUACCUGAGCGCCGACGAGAGGCUGCGGCGCUUCGAGGUGUACCGCAGCAACGUGGAGUACAUCGACGCCACCAACAGGCGCGGCGACCUCACCUACGAGCUCGGCGAGAACCAAUUCGCCGACCUCACCGGGGAGGAGUUUGUCGGAAGGUAUGCGUCGUCGCACGACGCCGGCGGUCACACUGACUCGGUCAUCACGACGGCCGCCGAGGCUGACGGCCUCUGGUCGUCUGGCUCUGCCGGUGGCGACGACUCCUUGGAGGCUCCGCCUCCGCCCAGCGUCGACUGGAGGGCCAAAGGCGCCGUGACGCCGGUCAAGAACCAAGGCUCGCAAUGCUUUAGCUGCUGGGCGUUCUCGGCGGUGGCAAUGAUGGAGAGUCUCUACUUCAUCAAGACGGGGACGCUGGUGCCCCUGUCGGAGCAGCAGCUGGUGGACUGCGACAAGUACGACGGUGGCUGCAACCGAGGCUACUACCACAGGGCCUUCCAGUGGAUCAUGGAGAACGGCGGCCUCACCACGGCGGCGCUCUACCCAUACAAGGCGGUGAGAGGCGUCUGCUUCCGCGCCAAGCCCGCCGUCACCAUCACCGGGCACGCGGCGGUCGCCAAGAACGAAUUGGCCCUCCAAAGCGCCGUCGCGAGGCAGCCCAUCGGCGUGGCCAUCGAGGUCCCCAGCAGCAUGCAGUUCUACAAGAGCGGCGUCUUCUCGGCCCCCUGUGGGAUCCAGAUGAGCCACGCCGUGGUGACCGUCGGCUACGGCACCGACGCCUACUCGGGGCUCAAGUACUGGCUCGUCAAGAACUCGUGGGGCCAGACGUGGGGCGAGGCCGGCUACAUCCGUAUGCGCCGCGACGUCGGAGGCGGGGGCCUCUGCGGCAUCGCGCUCGACACCGCUUACCCGACCAUGUGAUGUGAUGUCCAUCAGGCAUGCGUGCGCACCUACGUACGUUCCGAGUUAAGUAAGCUCGCAGGCAGCGGCAGCAUCUGCCCUAGUAGUACUCCAUCGUGCAUUUGUGACGUCCUGCCUAUGUCGUGGAUUAUAUCGAGACCGCUAUUAUCCAUGUCGUAUGUGUACGUGUAACAAUAAACUAUCAUGCGUUUUCUCUUGUUAAAAAAGGAAAAUGUCGCCAAGCAGAAGGGCUGCAAGAA